UUUAUUGCAGGCGGUCGUAGAAGUUGUGAAUCGCUAACGAAUUUGUGUGAAAAUUUAAUUUUAUGUAAUAUUUAACUACUAUUAAAACUGAACUAUUUGUGUCCAAAUGAAAAUAAAAUUCAUUGUGUAAUGAUCAAGACCGACAGAUCCAUAUGAAAACUUACAUUAUCGACACUUUCACGUAAAACACUUCCAUCAUUGUUUCACUAUAAAAUUCAAAGAAUUGGGAGUACGUCUUUAUAAAAGGAUUGGCUUGUGAUUGGCUUUUGUAUUAAUUUUAUUAUAUUUUUGAGAAAUCGUUUUUUUAUUUGUCUUGCAAAUAAUGCAUUGGCACGCCAAUGUUUCGUUGUAAUAGUAGAUUCGUUUAUCUACUGUGCUGAAUAAAGUAUGGAUUAAAUUUAUUGAUUCUGUGUGCAGUAAAUAAUAACAAUAGACAACAUGGGGAAGUGUAUGGGCAAGAAAUGUCGACUUCUGUCUAUGUUGUGUCUGACGGGAGGCUUCUUCUUUGUGGAGUUGAUAGUCGGUUAUGUGACCAACUCCAUGGCCCUGGUUGCGGAUUCAUUCCACAUGUUGAGCGAUGUGGCAGCCCUUGUUAUAGCUUUCUUAUCAGUAAAAAUGUCACCAAAGAAGUGGUCUAAGAAUACAUUUGGUUGGGCCCGAGCUGAGGUUUUGGGCGCUCUGGUCAAUGCUGUGUUCCUGGUGGCGCUAUGCUUCAGCAUAACUAUUGAGGCUGUACAGAGGUUUAUAAAAAAGGAGGAGAUUCAUAAUGCACAACUCCUUGUGGCCGUUGGUACCCUGGGAUUAAUAUUGAACAUAAUUGGACUAUUCCUCUUUCAUGAACACGGCAGCAGCCACGGUCACACGCAUGGCGGGGUGCCGCCGCCUGCCAACGUUCGUCAUCUGACAGAGCUGGUGAACAGCAACGUCGACAUGGCUUUAGGCCAUCAGCACACCGACACGGAGGAGACCGAUGAAAUGGUGACGAAGGACGCGAAAAUGGCCAACCACCAGGCCCACACUCACGCCUCCGACCCUGGACACUUGAACAUGAAGGGCGUGUUCCUACACGUCCUCUCUGACGCUUUAGGGUCGUUGAUCGUGAUAUUCUCUGCGCUGGUGGUGUGGCUGACGUCGUGGGAGUACCGCUUCUACAUCGACCCGGCUCUCAGCAUCGUGCUGGUGGUGCUCAUCCUGGCCUCCGUGUGGCCCCUGCUCCGGGAGUCCGCGCUAAUCCUGCUGCAGACCGUCCCUACGCAUAUACAGGUGGACGCGAUCCAAAGGCGACUCCUGGAGAAGGUGGACGGAGUGUUGGCGGUGCACGAGUUCCACGUGUGGCAGCUGGCCGGCGACAGGAUAAUCGCCAGCGCACAUAUUAGAUGUAGAAACCUGUCGGAGUACAUGAAGAUAGCUGAAAAAGUGAAGGAGUUCUUCCACAAUGAGGGAAUUCACUCGACGACGAUACAACCGGAGUUCGUCGAGCUGCCCCUGGACGGUAAUGAGAUCAUGAGCGGUGCAUCGGCGGAGGCGCCAUGCGCUCUGCACUGCCCGCCCAACGAUCUUUGUCGCAACGCAACGUGUUGUGGGCCAAAUCAACAGAAGCCAGCGACGCCGUCGCCGGCGGUGACGCCGUACCUGUGCCGUCAGCGGAACAUGGGCUCGCGGAGUGAGUCCAUCAGCUCGAACGUUGGCAACGCGCCCGCCGCGCCCGCCACCAGGAAUUUAGAUGCCCUAGAGUGCGGAUCGCUUCUGCCGUCUCCAAUGAUGGAAGUGAGGUUGAGCGUCUGACAGCCACUUGGGCUUAAGCCGGCGGUAUCAGCGUAAGGGUCGAUACACACAGCUAACGUACAAGUACGUUUAAAGCCUUAAGAUAGCUACUAA